GUAUUUAUAUGUAGAAAAGAUUAAGAAUUAAGAUUAAGAAUGACCUCCUACAAAAUGAAAAUACAUCUUUAGAGUAGAGUCAGUAUUUCUAACUUUAGUUAAAUAAAUGAGUACAGUGUGGGCACUAUUCCAUCUUUGUGAUAUGGAUGCAAUUCUGUCUCAGUAAACGACCAUUACACUUCACAUAUUUUUUAAAGUCAUGCUGGAAUAGGACAUUAGCUAAAUGUAGAAAUGUAAUGAAGCGAAAGAAGCCUACACUGAGCCUGAGAGGACCUGGUGUUUGAGUCUUUGGUGCCUUGUGACUUGUUAAUCCAGAAAUAUUCUGCAAAUACAGAUGGAAUUCAUGCCAGUUUUCAGGGGGACUAAGGAUUCGCACUGUGAUGUCGCUGAAUAUUUUGGCUCUUUGCCUGCUGGCUUGCAUUCAUUCUGGCAUCAAAGCAUAUCCAGUCAAGCCAUCCAGUCCCCGUGAAGGUGCACCACCUGAGGAGCUCGCCAAAUUCUACUCUGCAUUAAGACAUUACAUCAACCUUAUUACAAGACAGAGGUAUGGGAAAAGGGCUAGUCCAGAUAUGGUAUUUUCAGAUCUUUUGUUGAGGGAGAACAUUCCAGGAUCCAACUACAUGAGGUACGAUGAGCUGCCAUUGUGGUGAUUCUGCUGGAGCCACUACAUACAGACUGACUAGACCUACAAACUGGUCAAUUGUGUGCAGUUGAAUUGGUCUGAACAUGUGUUGCAUGUAAUAAACACUGUAUGAUGCAACUAC